AUGUGGAGGCUUAAUCUGGGAGGCCACAUUGAAUCAGUGGUCUGUGAGGUUGACAACGAGGGUAGGUUCCUGGCCAUGGUGGGUGGAUCUAAGAGGAUUAGAUGCAUGUCUUUCAAGUGGUUGAAACGUCACGUGACCUCGGAGCAGUAUAAAAGUCAGGGAGCAACGGAAGUGGCCAUUCCUCACCAUCCCUCUCUCCCACGAGACACACCGUCUCCUGCAGUGGAGCCUGUCCAGGACCUUUCCCAGCAUCUCCUGACAGGCGUGAGGACCACAGUUGCACUUCAGGCUACCCGAAACCCAUCCCCGAAGCAGACUGACUUGUCCCUCCAGGACGUGGGACUGAUGGCGGCGCGUCACAGCCAGCUUGGGCCCAACAGACCCUUGAGAGCCCAGAAGGGCAAGAGGCCACAGACAGCAGGACUGGCCCUCAGAGUUCCCAGACCAGAGGAGGAGGAUCCCAGGGUAAAGUGCAGGGACUGUGGGGCCUUUGGACACAAGGCAUCAAGCACCAGAUGCCCCAUAAAACACUGGGGCGCAACCCUCAUUCCCGUGGCCUUGGGCUCCAGGAGGCUGAAGGAGAACGUGGAGCCGUGGAGUCAGCGGGACCAGCGGCACCAGGCUGGGCUGUUGAACCAGGCUGAGAGGGAGAAAGUAGAGAGACGAAGGCAAGAAGCCGAGCAGAGGAAGGCCCUGCUCCAGAGGUUCCCCAGGAGACCCCGAGAGGGGCAGAAGCGCACCUGGAAGGAAGGCACAGAAUCUUGUGACUAUGUGAGGCGUCCACACAUGCCGAUGCCCGUCUACACCACCAGGAGGCCUUCUAUCCCUGAGCCUUCCCUGCAGACGGAAGCACGUACUGAGAACCCUGACGUGCGUGUCCGGUCUCAUUCCACAUCUCCUCUCAGUAGCCCUAAAGUCAGCCUCAGUCCACCUAGUGGACAUCCUGGUGUCCAGGAAAUGCCGGUUGCUGACACACCUCAGCCGGCACGCCAACCCUGUGUCAGGGCUGAUAGCCUGGUUGUGCAGCAGAGAGCCAAGAGGCCCUUCCCAGUCUCCCUCGAAGAUCCCCAGGCUGGCACCAAGGUCCAUGGGCUGGGACACACCCAGGCACCACCCAAGUAUCCUGAGGAGAACACCUGUCCCGCUGUCAGCAACGCAUUGGCAGACAAUUCCCAAAUGGCCCUCCAGACUCCAGGCAAGAACUGUGCCCAGAUGCCCCUAGACAGGACCCAGAACCCCCGAAAGAAAGCGCGAUGGAGCCCCACCCAGCACAUCCCCAGGAGCAUCCAGGGAGCCCACCUGGGGAUUUCGGGGAGUCUAUGUCCUCCAGGAAGCAUAUGUGCACGUGGAUGCACAGCCGUGCCCCCGCAGACCCGGAAGACACCUGCCCUCCUGCCAAGCAGGGGCACCCGGCCCACACCUGCCACACCUCACCUGGAAACGCUGUGGCCGUGCACCGUCCCCCCACAGCCGCCCUCUGUGCUGGCCCCCACUCAGCCCCUGAGAAUGGUCUUCACCAGAUUGGACAGAAGCUGCUGGAGCUCCAGGUUCCUAGCAGCUCCCUCAUUCCUUCCUCCCGAGAAGCCAGGCCCUGCUCAGGGCCUUCCUGCCACACAGAUGUCGGAUGGAGCCUGUGACUCUGUCCCCUGGAGUAUCCUCCACGAUGACCUACAGGUGUCCUCAUCCUCAGAAGACACUGAGAGCGAAUGA